UUCUCAAACAGGCUCCAAUCAUCACUUCAGACUUCAACACAUAGCAGAAGCUGAAAAGAGUAAAGAAGAAAAGUAAAGAAAACAGUACAAGAACAUAACAAUGGCAACCAACGAGGAAUCUGGAAGACACCAAGAGGUUGGUCACAAGAGUCUUCUCCAAAGUGAUGCUCUAUAUCAGUAUAUUCUAGAGACCAGUGUUUUCCCAAGAGAACAUGAAGCCAUGAAAGAAUUGAGAGAGGUCACAGCAAAACACCCAUGGAACAUCAUGACAACCUCUGCAGACGAAGGACAAUUUUUGAGCAUGCUCCUUAAACUCAUCAAUGCCAAAAACACCAUGGAAAUCGGUGUCUACACUGGCUACUCCCUCCUUGCCACUGCCCUCGCCAUUCCUGAAGAUGGAAAGAUUUUGGCUAUGGACAUUAACAAGGAGAAUUACGAACUGGGUCUUCCUGUGAUAAAAAAAGCUGGUGUUGAACACAAAAUUGAUUUCAGAGAAGGUCCUGCUCUACCAGUUCUUGAUGAAUUGGUUAAAGAUGAAAAGAAUCAUGGGAGUUACGAUUUCAUUUUUGUGGAUGCCGACAAGGACAAUUACAUCAACUACCAUAAGAGAUUGAUUGACCUUGUGAAAGUGGGAGGUGUGAUCGGGUACGACAACACCCUAUGGAAUGGAUCUGUGGUGGCACCUCCUGAUGCUCCUCUCAGGAAGUAUGUUAGGUAUUACAGGGAUUUUGUUUUGGAGCUUAACAAGGCAUUGGCUGUGGACCCUAGGAUUGAAAUCUGUAUGCUUCCGGUUGGUGAUGGAAUCACUAUCUGCCGUCGGAUCAAGUGAUUGAUUUGCGUGUGCAUGUUAUGUACCGCUCCACAUUAUUGACCAUUAUUAUGUGGGAGUUUAUGCAUUUCUUUUCUUUUUUAUUUUUCUUCAAAAUAUUUGUGUUUGUAAUUUUCUCUUGUCUUUGACAUUGAGAUGGUGAAUAAUUGGAAUUAUAUAUAUAUGUUUGGCAUUUUAUAUGCUACUUGACUCA